GGGAUCCUUCAUCCCUUCAUCCUCCUCCUCCUCCUCCUCCUCCUCAUCGUCAUCGUCAUCGUCAUCAUCACAAAGUGGCCAUCCGCUGAGAGUGGCCGGACUCAUUGACCCACAACCCAUUAUUCUAUCUAUUCCGCCGGUCCAAGUGUCACCGUCAUGAGCGCGGAUGAGGCGCCCACGGCCGCCAGGUCGACCACGGGCAGUUUAGCCGCCAGCCGGAGCCGGCGCGGGCCCUCUCAGCAAGUGAGUGCCCGGCACAAAGCUCUGGCCCAAUUGAAGCGGGCUCAAGCCGGCGACUAUCACUACGAAGUGCCCGAGGAGCUGACCGACCACGUCUACGACUACGUGAGUGAGGCCGAGUACGGCCAACGCGUCCAGGCCCGUCAGGCCGAGGCCUUCAUCGUGGACGAUGAGGACACGGGGCUCUAUGUGGAGGACGGUCGAGAGAUCUUUGACGAAGAACACAGUGAGGACGAGGCGGAUCAGGCUCCCGGCCGUCGGAGGGGGACCUGGUUGAGCACCCCGGGCGCCAAACAGAAGAAGAAGGCCGCCGCGUCCGGCUCGGGACCGGACCGUGGGGCCACCCGCGGGCACAUCAAGAAUAUGCUGUUGGCCAUGCCCGGCAAAAAGUCCACGCCCCUCGAUUCCCAAAAGUCCGUGGCUGAGGAUGAGCUCUUGGCCUCGCUUUUGGAUCAAGUCAAACCCAAGUCGGGUGGAUCGAGUGGUGGGAUGAAGAAGAAGAAGCCCUGGGGCCACCCUAAAGUCACCUCGAACAAAGAAAGCGUGGGAACGGCCGCUCUUUCAUCGCCCAUCAAUCCCUUUGCCCGCCCACGUUCCACCGGGAUCCGCAAGCCCAAAACACCGCUCGCCACUCGAAAUCCCGAGUGCCAUGAAGAUUUGAGUGCGCUCGACACUUUGGCCCGAGAUUCCGACACCACCGCUAGCCAGUUCAUUGAGGAUGACUUCCCCGAUGACGAUGGUAAUGACCACCACCUGCCCAACCACCCAGAUGAAGAAGACCUAGCCAAUUUAUUGGAGGAAGAUGGCGAUGAAUUUCAAGCCGAACCCAUGGAUGAGAGUGUCACGGACCUUACUCCGGACACGAAUCGCGGCUUCCAGGAGACGGCCAAGACCAAAUCCAAGGCGGAUUUAUCCAACUGGACCAUGCCCGAAGAUCAGUUCAGAGGCCACCAACAGACCCAAUCGGCUCCGGAAUGGAAAUUGGAAUCCGGUGACUUGCCCUUGGUGUCCAACAAGCAUGGCGAGAAAGUGCUCCGUAUGUACUGGUUGGACGCGUUCGAGGAUCCUUUCAAGCAGCCCGGCAAGAUUUGGCUUUUCGGUAAGGUGUUCAUCCAACGAGCCGGAACCCACGUGUCCUGUUGUCUUCAAGUGAACAGGAUCAUGCGGAGGAUUUUCUUGCUCAAGCGAGCCUCCAAAUACGACAUGAAGGCCAAGUGCGACACGGGCAUCGAGGUGGCGAUCGGGGAUGUGUACAACGAAUUCGAUCAGAAGGUUGCGGCCCGCUACAAGAUCGCCGAGCAUCGCUCCAAGAUGAGCGAGAUGAACUACGCUUUCGAAUUGGCCGACGUCCCAGAUCGGGGUGAGUAUCUCGAGGUUCAAUACGACCCUCAAUACCCGGCCUUGCCUUCCAACUUGCAAGGCGAGACGUUUUCGCGGAUUUUUGGAGCUAAUCAAAGCAGUUUGGAGCAUUUCCUCAUCUCGAGGAAGUUCAAGGGUCCCUCUUGGAUCGAGAUCAAGAUGCCACAGGCCACGAAAGCCCCGAUGUCUUGGUGUAAAGUGGAGGCGCUCUGCGAGAAUUCGGACCACGUGUCUGUUCUCUACGACAAACCACCUCCUAUGCCACCGCUUACUGUUCUUAGUUUGAACAUGAAGACCACGAUCAAUGCCAAAACCAAGCUCAAUGAGAUUGCCCUCGUGUCAGGUCUAGUGCAUGACGAGGUGUACUUGGAUCGACCCGCCCCCAAAGAACCUUUCAAGUACCAUUUUUGCGCUUUGACCCGCCCCUCGGACCAAAUUUGGCCGUUUGAUUUCCAACGCGCCCAAGGGCAAGCGAACGCCAUCAAAUUGGAAAAAAUGGAUUCGGAACGAGCUCUUCUGGCAUUCCUCUUGGCCAAGAUGGUCAAAAUCGAUCCGGACAUCAUCCUGGGGCAUGAUAUCACGGGGUUUGAUUUGGACGUGCUCCUUCAUCGAACCGUGAUCAAUAAGGUGCCCAAUUGGUCGCGCUUGGGCCGACUCAAGCGAAUCCAAGCACCCAUGUUCAAGGGGAAGCUGGCUGAAAGAAUGGCCGUCACCGGAAGAUUGGUUUGCGAUCUCAAAAUCUCGGCCAAGGAACUGAUUCGCUCCAAAAGUUACGAGCUGGGGGUUCUCGUGGACAAGUUGCUGGGUAAGGACGUUGAGGAUCGCAUCGAGGUCACUUGUGAGGAUAUGGCCAAGGCCUACGAAAACUCUAAGGCCUUGCUCCAUGCGGCCCAACUUAGCUCCGAAGACGCUCUCGAUACACUGAAGUGCGUGUACGAGUUGAAUGCUCUUCCCUUGGCUCUUCAAAUCACUCAAGUGGCAGGAAAUGUCAUGUCCCGGACAUUGUUGGGAGGUCGGGCUGAACGGAACGAAUAUCUCUUGCUUCACGCCUUCAGCGAUCGGGGAUUCAUCUUUCCGGAUAAGACCUAUGGCAAAAAGAAGAUCGGCAAAGACGAUGACCAAGACGAAGGGGAGACUCUUGGCAGCGGCGAGAUUGGAAAGCCUGGACGUAAAAAGCCCUCUUACACGGGCGGUCUCGUCCUGGAGCCCAAAAAAGGCUUUUACGAUCAUUUCAUUCUCCUGAUGGACUUCAAUUCCUUGUACCCCUCCAUCAUUCAGGAAUAUAACAUCUGCUUCACCACCGUGAAUCGGAGACAAGUCAAGGCGGAAUUAAACGAGGAUGGCGAGAGCAAACACCAGGUGGAGGAAUUCGUGCCCGAUCUGCCCCCAAGCACAUCCACCCCGGGCGUCCUACCCACGGAGAUCAAGAAACUGGUGGAUUCUCGACGCUCCGUGAAGCAACUUCUCAAGAAUCCGGAGCUCUCCCCCGAGCAAAGGAUGCAAUACGAUAUCCGACAAAUGGCCCUGAAACUGACGGCCAAUUCCAUGUACGGGUGCCUGGGCUUCUCGCAUUCACGGUUCUACGCCAAACCGCUGGCCGCACUCGUCACCUCUCGCGGUCGAGAGAUAUUGAUGCAGACGAAACAUUUAGUGGAGCGCAUGAAUCUGGAGGUCAUCUAUGGAGACACGGACUCCAUUAUGAUCAAUACCAACUCCAUCGAUUACGACGAGGUAUUCAAACUGGGCUUCAAGAUCAAACAGGAAGUGAACAAGAUGUACAAGCUCCUGGAACUCGACGUGGAUGGAGUCUAUCGGUACAUGUUGCUGCUCAAGAAGAAGAAAUAUGCCGCCGUCACAAUGGAACGCAAACCUGAUGGACAUCUCGUGACUAACACCGAGCUCAAAGGAUUGGACAUCGUUCGUCGUGAUUGGUCCAAAUUGGCGGCGGAUGCGGGUAAGGUCAUCUUGGACCGAAUCUUAAGCGAUGUGUCUGCCGACGACCGUGUAGCCUACAUUCACGAGAAGCUCGAGAUUUUGGCCAACGAUCUGCGCGAAGGUCGAAUUCCUCUCUCAUCUUUGGCCAUCACGAAGCAGCUCACCAAAAACCCCAACGAAUAUGCCGAGAAAAAGGCUCAACCUCAUGUCCAAGUCGCCAUUCGACUCAACAGUAAAGGUGGGAAGAAAUUGAAAGCGGGCGACACUGUUGAAUACGUCAUUUGCGAUGACGGUUCUAACCUUCCGGCCACCCAAAGAGCUUACCACGUGGAGGAGGUCAAGGACAGGCCUGAUCUGAAAGUGGAUAUCAAUUACUAUCUGGCCCAACAACUCCAUCCAGUGGUGUGUCGGCUGUGUGACCCUCUGGAUGGCACCGAUGCCUCGCGAAUUGCUCAAAGUUUGGGACUGAACCCGGAUGAAUAUCGCCGAUCAAACGUGCGAGACAGAACCGAGGACACCAACGUGGAACUCAACCAAGACAAAUAUAGGCAGUGUCAGAAGCUAGAGAUUGCGUGUCCUCAUUGCCACGAGAAGGUGGUGGUAGAUGGUCCAGAUCGGUUAUCGGACCGGAUCUGGAUCCCGUUUCUGCUGGAAUGCCCCAUGCCCAAGUGCCGCCAACCGUUGUUCAACCAGAUUGGGAAGAUACAGAACAAGAUCACGUUGAUGGCACGACAGCAUAUCAAUAAGUUCACAUUGGGCACGAUCACGUGUGAAGAUCCGGCUUGCAGUGGGCGCAGUCGACAAUUGCCACUGAGGUUCCACAAUGCGUACCCGCUCUGUCCCACCUGCGACAAAGGUGGGAACAUGUACAAAGAAUACACGGACAAGGAGCUGUACGUACAAUUCGAGUACCUGCUCAGCUUGUUCGACCUGAGUCACAGCAAGGUCGAUAUGAAGGCCGCACCGACCAUGAGCAAAUGCUUCGAGAGCUAUUUCAUUCUGAAGAACCACGUCGAGCGAAUCAUUCAGAGCAAUCAAUACUCUUUGGUGAAUCUGAAGCAGAUCUAUCAGGCCUUCCAUUCGUUGAAGGUGGCCAAACUUAGGAACGCCAAGAGAGUAUGAGUCCAUUAUUUUAACAUACUAGAGCAAUGACGAUAUUGAAAUACAAUCCACGAUCUGUC